AUGACUGAAUAUGUUUCGAAGUUCGUGGAAUUGGCAAAGUACUAUCCACAUUACAAUAGAGUAAUUGUUGAGUUCUCGAAGUGCAUCAAGUCAUAUAUCAGUACCCAAUGUCAAAAGCCAAAGAAGGAGGUUGCUGCUCAAACCAACGACAAAGUGUUUGCUUUGAGUGGGACAGAGGAUUCCAAGAAGAACAACUUGAUUCGAGGUGCUUGCUUUAUUAAUGAUGUUGAUUUAGUUGUGAUUAUUAAUACUGCUUAUACUCAUUCGUUUAUUUCGCUUGAAUGUGCUUCUAAGUUGGAAUUGGAGUUGUCUGAUAUGGAUGGUAGCAUGAUAAUAGAUGUUCCUGGUAGUGGUUUUGUUACUACUACUUAUGUUGGUCGAAAGUGUCUUUUGACUGUCUUUGAUAAAAGUUUUGUGAUGAUUUUGUGUGUCUACCCUUAA